UUUUAAGCCACCAUGGGCCCCUCAAGUGGUUGGGAGCCUUGGUCAUUCUACUUCUCUGUUUUGUGCAACCAUUUGAUUAUCCUUCUUCAUCAAGCUCACCCCAAGUUUCUUUGAAUUCAACAUCAGUUUGUGUUUUUAUCACGAAAUCAUGGCUACGAUCAAGGAAAAACCAAUUGUUUUGCACAUUGGAGAUCCUGUAAAAUGGAACCUCGAUUUAUAUGCUCAAUUUGCGAAAGACUUCACAAUCAUAAGACCUUCGACAGAAGAGCGCCAGCGAGAUGAAUUUAUUAAGGCACUGAAAGAGAACAGAUGGGGUAACUUUUCCGCCAUUUUCAGACCAUUUUGGAAUACUGGUGGUGAGAUGGGAAGGUGGGAUGCGGAGCUCAUUCCCUUGAUACCGGAAACGUGCCAAAUAUUUGCAUCUGCUGGAGCAGGGUUCGAUUGGGCUGAUGUUGAUCUUCUAGCAGAGCGAGGUAUGAAGGCCUGUAUGAGAAAUGGUAGUAUUUUGUUGCUGAUUUGUGUUCUGGAUAGGCAUCGUGUAUUGUAACAGGUAUGGACGAACUUCUGGACUUCCAUGCGCAUGAGACUGAUGUAACUAUAGUGCUAUAGCUUCUGCCGAAUCCGUCGCAGACUUUGCAAUCUUCCUUAUUCUAGCUACAUUUAGAAACCUCACAUGGUGGGAUCUUCAUCUCCCUCUUUGUUCAAGUUAAGUACACUAAUAUCAGCCAGGUGCACGCAAGCUGCUCGUUCAGGAGCAGCAUCAUUCCAGGACUGCCACACUAACGCCGCAAUUAUGUCUCAUAAUCCUCGUGGUCAUACGCUUGGUAUUGUUGGCCUCGGAAACAUUGGUUAUAGCAUCGCCCGCAAAGCUCACCUGGCUUUCGGGAUGAAAAUCCUUUACUAUGAUAUUGUACGAAAGCCUUCCCUCCAAGAAGCAGACAUUGGAGCACAAUUCUUUACCAAUAUAGAUGAGAUGUUGGCACUUAGCGAUUGUGUAGUUCUCGCUACGCCUGCUUCUCCCGAUGGGAAAAAGUUUCUAGAUCGUCAAAGAUUGAGUAAAUUCAAGGAAAAGAGUCGAUUUGUGAAUAUUGCGAGAGGUACCUUGGUGGAUGAGGAAGCACUAGCCGACGCUGUGCAGUCAGGAAAGUUGGUGGGUGUAGGAUUGGAUGUUCAUGAACAUGAACCUAGGGUAAAUGAUAGGUUAAAGGCUUCGAGAAAUGUUACACUUACAAGCCAUAAUGCUGGCGGAACACUUGAAACGUAUGUUCUUUUAACCGAACACAGCUAAUACUCGCUGACAAUUUCUUAGGCACAUUGGAUUCGAAGAGAUAUCAAUGAAAAAUAUUGACGCGGUCCUAAAGGGGAAGGCACCGUUGACACCAGUUAACAAGCAUUUAUUGAGGAAGACGAAGCAUAAUUUGUGAGAUUGCAUCAGUGGGAAAUAUACGAGUAUGGUCUUUCUAGACGUCGAAUCAUCAUUUUACCUUUCAAUAUUUGAGAACAUGUCAAAUGACCAAAUUAUCUUUCGCUGUGAUGACUAUUUACAAGUCUCAAUCUCAAAACCAAGUUCAUCAACAGGCUAGUAUUCGAAGCUCAACUGGUAAAUGGCCCAUGGUUGACCAAUAUAAGAACUAUAUGCUUGCAGAAGGAACAGAGAAUAUUAAGAAUUUAUACCGGGCUGCCUGAGAAUAUUAAAUGUGAUCAAUAUCUGUAGUUAUG